AUGCUUUUAACAAGCACAAUCUGUCAGCUCAUCUACAUUUGGCUCUACAAUAUUGGCCAAUCCAAAGUGGAGAUCAACAAUGGACAUGUGUUUGUUGUUUUGACUGGGCCGUUGAGAUUACUGCCGUUAAAAGCCCAUUACUUCAUGUACAGCAUCUUCAUCAUAACCACGUUUGCUGCAAGCAAUGUGUUGUUGUUUGAGGUCUAUUACACGAGACAGAUUGUCUUCGAGUAAGUUCUGUCAGCGACUCUCGAGGCCACCAAUGAUGGUUUGGCAGUCGAACUUACAGGGGAAGUACUCCAAGUGCGACGCUCAGAUUUUGAUGAAACUUGGCACAAAUUUAGAUUAAUUUUUUUCUAAGAUAUAUGCGAGAAUUCUAGCUCGCGCUUUGCAGAAACAACCAAGAUUUUUAGAUCGAAAGUCGGCGAAAAUUUAGGACUUUUUGCCGAAUUUGGGCACGAGAAGUUUCAUGCCUGUUUCUACCGUAAAGGAUAAUGUUUCUACAAAAAAUCAAAAUUUUCCGCACGAAGCUGGCAAAGUUAUGGCUAAAAAGCGUUUUUCUUUCUGACCGCUCUCCACAUUUAGCGUGCUCUCUCGGCGGCAAAAAUCGCUUGAUAUCUCGGCGGCGCCCGCAAAGCGCGAGCUAAAACUUUCAGGAAUUGAUAUUUAGUCCAUACCCGACGUGUGUUCAAAAUUAAAAGAAAAUCUGAGCGUCGCACUUGGAGUACUUCCCCUGUCAAUACGACAACAACGAUGUGCAUGCACUCACAAGGGAAUGGACUUUACGUGUAAAUCGAUUUUGACUUGGGACAUAGUCAGAUCGAAAGGUGUGUGGUAGUCGAUUAUUCACUUGGGGGGAAAUCUCUGCGCGGGGCUUCAAAGCCGAGAAAAUCGGCUUCAAAGUUUGGACGAAAAUCAAAGGAAAAGGAUAGGGAUCCCGGAAAAGGAGCCAUAAAAAGUGUGAAGCAGUGGCCGAGUGGUCAGUGCGCUCGCUUUUUGCGCAAAAGGUCGCAAGUUCGAAUCUGCUUCCAUUCAUAACUUUUUUAAACAAAAACUUCUAUUAAUUUUUCCCCCUUGAACUCGAUUAUCAAUGCAAGAAGUAUAUUUUAAACGGAACCUUUCCAUUUUCAACGGCUUUGCACCUUCCCUUUACAGUUUUAGAGCGCAGAGCACAACAUCAACCUGAUGUAUUCAAAAACAACUUUCCACUUUUUUCUCUAUACCACUUUUUUAAAUGUACAGCCGGAUUAGCACGAAGAAAGCAGAAGUAAAAAACGAUAAUAAUGAUUUGAGCUUGGAAACACUCGAACCUGCAACCUCUUGCGCAAAAAGCGAGCGCACUGACCACUCGGCCACUGCUUCACACUUUUUAUAGCGCCUUUUCCGGGAUCCCUAUCCUUCGAUUUUCGUCUAAACUUUGAAGCCGAUUUUCUCGGCUUUGAAGCCCCGCGCAGAGAUUUCCCCCCAAGUGAAUAAUCGACUACCAUACACCUUUCGAUCUGACUAGGUCCCAAGCCAAAAUCGAUUUACACAUAAAGUCCAUUCCCUUGUCAGCCCCAUAAACUUUUCAAAAGGUUUUCGGAAACGUCGUAGAUUGAGAAACAGACAACCGGCGAGUACGAACAUCGGGGAAAAAGAACUUCCUUGUCGUCUUGUAGGCUAGCCAAAACUCAGCUCGCUUGUUGCCGACUUGUUAUGCCUUCGGCUUUCUAUGGCCCCACUUUGCAUAGGUAGCAAUAAAACCCCAUAUUUGAUUAUGAUCGAGAAUCAGUUCUGGAUCUUCUACCGAGGAUAGGUUUUAUUUCUGGAGCUAGCUGAGAAUCUGAGGAGCGCGCAUCUGAAGGCUGUAAGAAACAAUGUUGUGGGAACUGAACCAACGAAUUUACAAUGUAAGAUUAGUCAGUCAGCAAAGCGAUAAAAAUAGUUUUUUGAUUCUCUAAUUUGGAACGUUGCUGAGUGUUAUCAAGCCACAAAAAUGUUAUAAAUUCCAACUUCUAGUUAUUCUUAGCUCGAUCCCAUUGUCAAAUACUUAAAAAUUAUUUUUCAAGCCUAGCUGUUUCAGAAACUACCACAUGACAAUUGAAGACAUUCAAAAAUUCGCAUUGUGCUCUAUUUUAUUUGGCAUUCUCCUUGGCCUUUGGGGAAUCUACUGCGCCAUGGAAGCGGGCGAUCCGAGUGGUUAUGUCGAUUUCUUCGCCAUCUAUCAGCGUUAUUAUGUUAACAAACGGCCAAUGGAUUAUUUGGUCCUAAACAAAGUGAGAUUAUACAAAAAAAUUUAUUUUGCAAAUUUAGGAUCAACUCGGCUUCAAAGUUUUCUUUUGCCUGAUCGCUACCUCGGAGGGAGUCAGUGUUUCCAUGGCUUUUUAUUGGGGCAGAUAUAUUUAUAUGGAUGUGUACAACAAAGAUACCAAGGUUAUUUGUGUAGUGUCGAAGGAGCAACAUAAAUUACUCAAAAUUAUCGUUAUUCACGUGAGUUGACGUUUAAGACAUAGGUAAAAACUUGAUCUUGUCUCUUGAAUUUUUGCUAACUCUUUGGUGUUCGCCACGUUUAUUUUCCUUUUGGGGUAGCCGCAAUGCAGCCAAAUCUUACAAUUAGACUAUGAAGUAGGUGCUCAAUAAUUUCAGUGUUUUGCCAAUGGGCAGCAGGGCAAAGUCAAGGGAUACGGUGUAAUAGUAAACACCUUUAUUCAGUAAAUAUGCUUUAACCGUAUUUGCCCUUUCCUUCCAGGCCGCCAUAAUAAUUUUCCAAGCGAUUCUCCCAAUGGCUGUAACCGGAAUCGCCGUUCUCUUGGAAUGGCAAUGUUACUAUAUCGGGACAAUCGGUCUUAUCCUCCGAACAACCAUUCCAAUCUCCCAUCCGCUGACAAUUUUGUUGAUAAUCAACCCAUACAGGCUGGUCUUUCGAAAAAGGGUGAACAAUGAGACCGAAACUGGAACUUUUACAGAAAAUAUUACAUACAUGUCAUAG